GUUUCAAGGUGAUACAAUCAGCCUGCAGAGCCGUAAGCGGAUCUUUACCUACUCAAGUAAAAACAGCGUUGAAUUUUACUCAUUUUUAGUAGUAAUCUCCUGUUUUUGAAGCCACUUUUUUGAACAGCAGCAAAUCACUCACACAGGCAGGCAGACCUCCACCGACCCGAGUACAGACACAAUGGAUUGGUCGUCGUCCUCCACCUCCAGCCUGAUGGCCAGCAGCAACGUGACCAACAAGACGGACCCCCGGUCCCUCAACUCCCGCGUCUUCAUCGGCAACCUCAACACCCUGCUGGUCACCAAGGCCGACGUGGAGGCCAUCUUCUCCAAGUACGGCAAGGUCGUCGGCUGCUCCGUCCACAAGGGCUAUGCCUUCGUACAGUACUCCAAUGAGAGGAACGCCCGGGCCGCCGUGUCCGGCGAGGACGGCCGCAUGAUCGUGGGACAGGUGCUAGACAUCAACCUGGCAGGCGAGCCCAAACCUCACAGAUCGAAGACAGUGAAGCGUUCUGCGGGAGACAUGUACAGUUCAUCUAUUGAUUUGGACUACGACUUUCAAAGAGAUUACUAUGAUAGGAUGUACUCCUACCAGUCCCGGGUGCCUCCUCCUCCUCCCCUGUCCCGCGCCGUCAUUCCCUCGAAGCGUCCGAGGGUCAGCCUGAGCGGAGGGGGGAGCCGACGAACCAAAACCAGCUUCUCCUCCUCCAAGAGCAGCCAGAGGACCUCCCGUACGAUGAAGGUGGAUGACCUGCAGACCAUCAAGAGAGAGCUCACGCAGAUCAAACACAAGGUGGACUACCUGCUGGAGAGCCUGGAGCGCAUGGAAAAGGACCACAGCAAGAAGUCAGAGAUGAAGAGCUGCAAACCAGAGCCAGGUGAGGUGUCACCCCUCAACUCCUCCACCUCCAGCAAGAAGGAUGACAGCCUGAAACGGGACAGAGAGAGCCAGGAGCUGAACGACUCGGAGGAGGAGGGAGAUCUGCUGGAGGACGAAGACCAGAUGAAAAGCAGAGGGAGAGAGGAGGAUGACGAUGAGGAAGAGGAAGGCGAGCAGGAGGAAGGAGAGGACGACGAUGAUAGCGCUAAUGGAGACGACUGCUAAACACUACACAGGCACACACACACACAUACACAUGCACACAGGUACAAAAAAACAAAUUGUGUAUGAUUGUAUCUCCACAACAGACGCGUAGUCAUGUGCUCAUAUCUGCUGAAUUGACUGGACAUUUCUAUACAGUGUAUAUUAUCUCUCUUUCUCUAUCUCUCGCACACACAUACAUGCACAUACACACACACACACACAAAUUCAUAAACAUGUCAAGUGCUUGUUUCUGGAUUUUCCAACUUGCUCUGAAAUCUGUAAUUUGAUGGAUUUUUUAUUUGCUUUUUUAUGGAUGUUUCCGGCAUUGGAUAAAUGCAAACUCUGAUGUGUUACAUUUAGACAAAAUACAAGUUCACAUGAGAAUAAAUGUAACCUUGUAUAACAUUGUAUGUUUGAACUCAGGGCCAGAAGCCACCCCAGUCUAGAUAAUUGAAAGACAAAAACAGUUAAGACCCUGUUUGUAAUGAUUUUUAGAUCACUGUGUUGACUUGACAAAUUCUCACCUGGCAGUGGCUGACAAUGAAACAAACCCAGAAUAAAAACAGGCUCAGGUGCAACAGUCAGCAUAGAGACACAAUACCACACGAGGUAUUUAAAACUUUUUCCUGAUCCAGCUGCUGUACAGCUGCCUCCUAUCCAGCAGGUGGCAGUGUAUCAUAACAACUGGCCACACAAAAGACCAUAAGUACUUAUUUCUGUUGAUCACAGAAAAUCUCUACCUUGUGCUUGUCAGAUAACAAUACGAGCGCUAACAAAACCUCACAUCAGCCUGCACAAAAGCUCAGCCAAAAUCCUCUUCGCUCUGAAAGUAGUUUUGUUUCCGUUGCCGAGGUGUCGCGACCUUAACUGACCUUGACUUGUGUAAUGCAGUGCUACUCCAUGUUUGUCUGUUUCUGUUGAUGUUUUGUUUGUCAUUCGACUGCACUGGUGAAAGUGAAUAAAGAUGUUUUCCAAGUUG